UGGUCAGGAUGAUCACAGACGUGCAGCUCGCCAUCUUCGCCAACAUGCUGGGCGUGUCGCUCUUUCUGCUUGUGGUUCUCUAUCACUACGUGGCCGUCAACAAUCCCAAGAAGCAGGAAUGAAAGUGGCGCUUUCUCCGCCCCAGGGUUCCAGGACAUAGGCUGAGGCAAGAUGGAGGGUGUGAGGGGCCUUCACACUUCACUUCAUCCCUCUACCCAUCACAACAUACAAAGCAACUACACCUGGAUUUUUCCAAACAACUUUUAUUUCCUCAAAGUCUUCCUUAACCCUAUGGAACAAGAAGCUGCCACUGAGUAGGGCCCAGUAUAGGGGCUUUUUCUACUCCCUCCCCCCAAUAUAAAAAUAUAGAUAUA